AUGGAAGAAAAAUCAUCAAUAGUUAAAGAUGAGAAAGUGCCAUUCUACAAACUAUUUUUGUUUGCAGAUAGGGUGGAUAUUGCUUUAAUGACUAUUGGAACUUUUGGUGCUAUUGGUGAAGGAUUAACUCAACCUUUGAUGACACUCAUUUUUGGUCAAAUUAUAAAUUCUUUUGGUGGUGCUUCAUCUUCUAAUGAGGUUUUUCAUCUAGUUUAUGAGGCUACCGUUUACUAUGUCUAUCUCGCUAUUGGAUCUGGGAUUGCUUCCUUUUUACGGAUGUCAUGUUGGAUGGUUACUGGAGAGAGACAAGCGAUUCGAAUUCGAGGACUGUAUUUGAAGACAAUACUGAGGCAGGACAUAGCCUUUUUUGACACUGAAACAACAACUGGACAAGUCAUUGGAACAAUGUCUGGAGAUACAUUUCUCAUUCAAGAUGCCUUGGGAGAUAAGGUUGGGAAGUUCAUUCAAUAUCUCUCAGCAUUCGUUGGAGGCUUCAUAAUCGCCUUCACAAAGGGAUGGCUUCUUUCGCUAGUCUUGGUUUCUUGUAUACCUGCUCUAGUCAUUGCUGGUGGAGCCAUGACAUCGAUCAUGUCCAAAAUGUCAAGUCGCGGACAAAUGACUUAUGCACAAGCUGGAGAUAUAGUGGAACAAACAGUUGGAGCAAUGAAAACAGUUGCAGCAUUCAAUGGAGAGAAGCUGGCAAUGAUUAAGUACGACAACACACUGAAAAUUGCGUGUGCUUUUACUGUCCAACAAGGGCUUGUUUCAGGAGUUGGACUUGGUACAUUCUUACUUGUUCUUCUAUAUACUUAUGGACUUGCCAUUUGGUAUGGUUCUAAAUUGAUAAUAGAGAAAGGUUAUCGUGGUGGAGAUGUCGUCAAUGUUCUCAUGGCUAUAAUGAUUGGUGGAAUGUCACUAGGCCAAACAACACCGUCAUUGAAUGCAUUUGCAGCAGCACAGGUUGCAGCACUCAAAAUCUUUGAGACAAUCAGCAGGAAACCAUUGAUUUACACAUCUGACAUGAGCGGGGUUGUGUUGGAAGACAUCGAGGGUGAAAUUGAGCUUAAAGAUGUGUAUUUUAGGUAUCCAUCCAGGCCACAUGUGCAAAUCUUUAGUGGAUUCUCACUUGUUGUUCCUAGUGGCAAAACUGUAGCUUUGGUCGGGCAAAGUGGAAGCGGAAAGUCCACUAUUAUUAGCUUACUAGAGAGAUUCUAUGAUCCUGAAUCCGGAGAAGUAUUAUUAGAUGGUGUCAAUUUGAAGAAAUAUCAACUGAAAUGGCUAAGGCAGCAGAUGGGAUUAGUAAGUCAGGAGCCUAUCCUGUUUGCGACUACCAUAAGGGAGAAUAUCAGUUAUGGCAAGGAAAAUGCUACUGAAGAGGAGAUUAGUGCAGCUAUUGAGCUUGCUAAUGCUGCUAACUUCAUUGACAAACUACCCCAGGGGCUAGACACUAUGGUAGGUGAGCAUGGAACAAAACUAUCUGGUGGUCAAAAACAAAGACUGGCAAUAGCAAGGGCUAUUGUAAAGAACCCAAAAGUACUUCUCCUUGAUGAAGCUACAAGUGCACUUGAUGCUGAAUCAGAGCGAAUUGUCCAAGAAGCACUAGAGAAAGUCAUGGCGAAAAGAACAACUGUGGUUGUUGCUCAUCGUCUAACAACCAUUAGGAAUGCUGAUCUAAUAGCUGUACUACAUGAUGGGAAGCUACUAGAGCAAGGAAAUCAUGAUAAGUUGAUUCAAGAUCCAAAUGGGGCAUAUUCCCAGCUUAUGCGAAUGCAGGAAGGCAAGGGAGGUGAUGAAGAAGAGAACUUGAUUAUGAAAAAUAUGGACUCUGACAAGCGAUCAACAAACCAGGGAUCCCCUAGGCAUUCCUUCACACCCAGCUAUCCUGUUCGGGAGAUGAUUGAUAUUCAUGAAGCUACAAUAGGAGACGUGGAUGAAAAAGAAGACGAUGAACAAAGUUCAGAGAAUCGAAAGAAAAUUCCUAUUAGGCGGCUUGCUGAACUAAACAAACCUGAGCUUCCAUAUAUACUACUUGGAUCAUUGGCUGCAAUUAUGCAUGGCCUAGUAAUGCCCUUAUUCGGACUCUUGCUCUCAGAAGCAAUUAAAUCCUUCUUUAAUCCUCCACAUAAGUUGAGAAAUGAAUCACAAUUCUGGGGACUCAUGUACGUGGGCCUCGGUGUAGUAAUUUGGCUAGUUAUACCUUUCCAGAAUUAUUUAUUUGGAGUUGCAGGGGGGAAAUUGAUCGAGAGAAUCCGUUCUUUGACAUUUAAGAAAGUAGUCCAUCAAGAAAUCAGCUGGUUCGAUGACCCUGUAAAUUCAAGCGGUGCAUUAUGUGCAAGGUUAUCAAUUGAUGCUUCUACAGUCAGGACUGUUGCGGGUGAUGCACUGGCACUUAUUGUACAAAACAUGGCAACUGCAUUAGGCGGCCUUGCGAUAGCCUUCACUGCUAAUUGGGUUCUGUCAUUUAUAAUCCUUGUUGUAUUACCCUUAAUAUGUGCACCAGGACUCUUCCAGACCAAGUUCCACAAAGGCUAUAGCGCGGAUGCUAAGGUGAUGUAUGAAGAAGCUAGUCAAAUAGCAAAUGAUGCCGUUGGCGGUAUUAGAACAGUGGCAUCAUUCUGUGCAGAGGAAAAAGUGAUGGACAUGUACCAGAAGAAAUGUGAAGGUCCAAUUAAGUCAGGAGUAAAGAUUGGAAUCGUUAGUGGAGCAAGUUUAGGUUUUGGUUCUUUUACACUUUAUUCUUCACUUGGUUUCUGUUUCUUCAUUGGAUCUGUCCUUAUUGAUCAUAGAUUAGCGACAGUCGACCAAGUUUUUAAGGUUUUCUUUGCAUUGAUAUUAGCAGCUGUUGGAAUUACUCAAUGUACUACAAUGGCUCCAAAUUUUAACAAAGCUAAAGAUUCUAUAACUUCUAUAUUUGACAUUCUUGAUAGAAAAUCCAUUAUUGACUCAAGUUCUGAUGUUGGCACUACUCUAGCUGUUGUUCAUGGAGAUAUUGAAUUCCGACUUGUGAGUUACAGGUACGCUACUCGCCCAGAUGUCCAAAUCUUCAAGGAUUUAUGCUUAAUCAUCCCUUCUGGAAAGACUGUAGCUUUAGUGGGAGAGAGUGGUAGCGGAAAAUCAACUGUCAUUAGCCUAAUAGAGAGAUUCUAUGAUCCUGAAUCAGGAGAGAUAUAUUUGGAUGGUGUGGAAAUUAAACAAUUCAAUCUAAGUUGGCUAAGGCCAAUGGGACUGGUUAGUCAAGAACCUAUACUGUUUAACGAAACAAUUCGUGACAACAUUGCCUACAGCAGACAGGGGAAUGCAACAGAAGAAGAGAUCAUUGAAGCAGCAAAAUCAGCAAAUGCACACAACUUUAUAUCAUCAUUGCCUCAAGGAUAUGAUACGUCGGUUGGGGAAAGAGGGAUACAAUUAUCAGGUGGACAAAAGCAAAGGAUAGCUAUUGCUAGAGCAAUACUGAAGGAUCCAAAGAUUCUUUUGCUAGACGAGGCAACAAGUGCGUUAGAUGCAGAAUCAGAACGUAUCGUUCAAGAGGCAUUGGAUCGAGUAAUGGUAAAUAGGACAACCGUGGUUGUAGCUCAUCGCUUAGCUACAAUCAAAGGAGCUGAUAUCAUUGCUGUUAUGAAGAAUGGAGUCAUUGUUGAGAAAGGAAGACAUGAUGUUCUAAUGAAUAUUAAAGAUGGAGCUUAUGCAUCCUUAGUAGCAUUGCAUAUGACUUCAGCCUGA